AUGGGUUUUGGUGAUAGGUGGAUGAGGUGGAUGGAGGGAAGCGUUUUUUCUAAUUCUUUGUCCGUUCUCGUUAACGGUGGUACGACUAAGGACUUUAGAAUGGAGAAAGGCCUCAGACAAGGGGACCCUCUUUCCCCUUUCUUGUUUGUGUUAGCCCUGGAGGUCCUUACGGCUUUAGUGAAGAAAUCUAAAGAAGCGGGUGAAUUCCGUGGGUUUAAGAUAAAUGGUAAGAAGGAUGUGGAUAUCUUACAAUUCGCGGAUGAUACGAUUAUUCUAGCCGAGGGGGAUACCGCUAAUUUGUGGAGUGUGAAGGUUAUCCUUAGAGGUUUCGAAUUGAUGUCCGGUUCCCACAUUAACUUUCAUAAGAGUAAUCUCUACGAUAUCAACUUGGAUCAAUGGUUUUUGGAAGCCGCUUCAUCUUUUCUUUCAUGUAAAGUUGGUUCUUUACCGUUUAAAUUGCUUGGCGUGCGGGUGGGGGGAGAUCCUAGGAAGCUUGUGAUGUGGAGAGAUUUGUUGGCAAUGAUGAAAAAAAGAUUGGCCGUGUGA